AUGAUUGGGAAAACACAAUUUUUAGUGACUGGCAUGUUAAUAAGUGGUGUUGCAAACACCAUUCUUAAUAAACUUCAAGACAUACAAUGCGUUGCCAAUUGUGAUGAUCCAAAUACUGCUGAAUAUUUUGAACAACCUGUAUGGCAAACACUGAAUAUGUUUAUUGGGGAAACGAUGUGUUUUAUAGUUGUUUACAUUAUUCUAUUAUGGGACUAUCAAAAAGAGAAGAGAGCGUCGUAUACACCUUUGGAAGCCGAAGCUAUAAUAACCAAUAAUGACCCAGGAAUUGUGAUAAGUACUGAUAGUGAUUCUCGGGAUUCUCGAGAUUCUACGAUAAAAAUUAAUGAUGAAUAUCUUGGACCAGAUGAAGAUUUGACUGGCUGGAAAAUAUUUUUGUUUUGGAUACCUACGAUUUGUGAUAUUAUGGGCACUACGCUUAUGAAUGUUGGUUUAAUAUAUACUUCUGCAUCAGUUUAUCAAAUGCUUCGUGGUGCUGUUGUUCUAUUUACUGGUACAUUUUCGGUUUUAUUCCUUCGUCGACGUCUUCUCCCUUAUCAUUGGUUUUCUCUAUUUCUUGUUGUAUUGGGAGUUUCAAUUGUCGGUAUGAGUAGUGUACUGAAAUCUACACCAGUUGAAAAUGGUGGUCAAAGUCAAAAUAUUAAUGGAACUUUAAAGCUUAAUGAUGAAAUUGAUACUGGUUCAACUUUGAUAAAUUCCUCAACCGAAUAUAUAUCAGAUAAAUCGGAUGCAAUUUUUGGAAUUUUCUUUGUAUUAUUUGCACAAAUAUUUACCGCUGCACAAUUUGUUAUAGAAGAAAGAAUCAUGGAAAGAUAUCGAAUUAAACCAAUGCGAGCAGUUGGACUUGAAGGGAUUUUUGGAUUAAUAACAGUAAUAUCUGGAAUGAUUAUAUUAUAUUUCUUAGUUGGUACAUCACAUCCGGGAGGAUAUUUCGAUAUUCCGGUUGGAUUUAAUCAAAUUAUCAGUUAUAAACAAAUUUGGAUUGCUGGUAUUUCGAUUUGUUUCUCAAUAGCAUUUUUCAAUUUUUUUGGUUUGAGUGUUACAAGAACCAUUAGCGCUACUGCUAGAUCUACUAUUGACACCAGUAGAAUUGUAUUUAUUUGGUUGGUUUCAUUAUCUCUUGGAUGGGAAACAUUUUCUUGGUUACAAGUUUUUGGAUUUAUUAUUCUUAUUUAUGGAACCUUUAUUUUUAAUAAUGUUGUUAGCCCACCUUUAUGUUUCACUGUACCACCACCUCAAGUUAAUGAAAUUCAACCUUUACUUAUUGAAGAUCAUGAACACAUUUAA